UCCAAUACGCAAGUCUGAGUUUAGGUGCAGUGGGGAGUUUUUCACGCCAAAGGACAGUUCAAGAUCACAAACGUCGCCGGGUUUACCUCUCGCGGAGUUUCGUAAAGAGUUCCUUCAUCUUUUUCCAGUGAACAUGGUUUGGCCAACAGUUUACGACGGCCAAGAGGCUGGGUUAGGAGACAAGCCGGCGAUGCAGAUGGCGGCGGCGGACGCAGCCACGCACCUACAGCACAUGUGCGCGCUCGACAUCGACUCCAAGGCUUCCUACGUGCGUCUUUCCGGCAUCAUCUGCACUAUUGGUCCAGUCUCCCGCGAUGUCGCAGUCCUGGAACAGAUGAUGGAGACAGGCAUGAACGUAGCCCGUAUGAACUUCUCCCACGGGUCGCACGAGUACCACGCGGAGACGAUCAAGAACUGCCGCAUCGCCGAGAAAAACUACAGUGAGAAGCUCGGCAUCCCCUUCUCCCUGGCUAUUGCCUUGGACACUAAGGGACCUGAGAUCAGAACUGGACUUCUGAAGGGUGGUGGUUCAGCAGAAGUGGAGUUAAAGAAGGGCGACACCAUAAAACUGACGACUGACGCCAGCUUCGCGGAGACUGGCACCGAGUCUGUGGUGUUUGUCGACUACAAGAACAUCACCAAAGUGGUGCAGCCAGGCAACCGCAUCUUCAUCGAUGACGGUCUUAUCUCCGUCAUCUGCUCACAGGCUACCACCGACACCCUCGUCUGCACUAUUGAGAAUGGAGGUAUGCUCGGCUCUCGCAAGGGUGUGAACCUCCCCGGCCUACCAGUGGAUUUACCAGCUGUCUCCGAGAAGGACAAGUCUGACCUAUUGUUUGGAGUGGAACAAGGCGUGGACAUGAUCUUCGCAUCGUUCAUCCGCAACGGUGCUGCGCUGAAGGAGAUUAGAGAUAUCCUUGGCGAGAAGGGAAAGAACAUCCAGAUCAUCUCCAAGAUCGAAAACCACCAGGGCAUGGUGAACUUGGACGAAAUCAUUGCUGCAUCCGACGGUAUCAUGGUCGCUCGCGGUGAUCUGGGUAUUGAGAUCCCACCAGAGAAGGUGUUCCUUGCACAGAAGACCAUGAUCGCCCGGUGCAACCAAGUAGGAAAACCAGUGAUCUGCGCGACUCAAAUGUUGGAGUCUAUGGUGAAGAAGCCUAGACCCACUCGCGCGGAGACCUCUGACGUAGCUAAUGCUAUCCUGGACGGAGCUGAUUGCGUCAUGUUGUCCGGAGAGACGGCCAAGGGAGAUUAUCCAUUGGAGUGCGUCCGCACUAUGGCCAACAUCUGCAAGGAGGCAGAGGCCGCCAUCUGGCACAAGCAGCUGUUCAACGACCUUGCUGCCCAGGUGAAACCCCCCAUCGAAAACACGCAUUCCGUGGCGAUCGCGGCGGUGGAGGCGUCCAGCAAGUGCCUGGCGUCGGCCAUCGUGGUGGUGACGACGUCGGGCCGCUCGGCGCACCUGCUCAGCAAGUACCGGCCGCGCUGCCCCAUCAUCGCCGUCACGCGCCUGCCGCAGACGGCGCGCCAGGCGCACAUCUACCGCGGCGUGCUGCCCAUCGUCUACCAGGAGGGCGUGGCGAGCGACUGGCUGAAGGACGUGGACAACCGCGUGCAGUACGGGCUCAAGUUCGGGCGCGCGCGCGGCUUCGUCAACACCGGCGACCGCGUCGUCGUCGUCACCGGCUGGAAGCAGGGCUCCGGCUUCACCAACACCAUGCGCAUCAUCCAAGUCGAGUAAACCAGUAAAUCCAGUCGAAGAAGGAUACUAUCAGAUUUUAUAUUUUUAAUAUAAGUAUUAGUGCACGAAAUGUUUAGCGGUUUAAGAUAAUAAGAUCUACAUAGUGAACUCGUGUUUAUAUGAUUUAUUUGUACAAAUAUGCAAAUGUAACUGUAUAAAUAAAAUGAUUCUCGAAAUUGUAAUGAUAGUGAUAGGAUAAUGUUAUUUAUUGAGUUAUUAAUACCAGGAGUAUUAAUGUUGCCUGUUUCUGCGCGGUAAUAAACUUUAUAAAACGUG